AAGUCAAGUUGCCUGGGUGACGUAGCUCAAGUUGAAACCCACAUGUCUUUUAUUUAUACCAUCAACCGUCUCUCUCAACCAAAAUAAUUCUCCCUUCAUAAAUGUUCAUAAAGACCAUGUCUGAAUCUGGUGUGCGUUUGCAUUUUCUUUCGCUAAUCUUGCUCUGUUGUGUCUCCCCUUCAAUCUUUUUCACUUUAAACUUGGAUAAUAGUAGAUAUGUUGCCUGUGGUCCCCAUCAGACUCAAGCUCUCACUGAGUUCAUGAACGAAUUUGAUAGCAGCCAAUGCAACCUCACUGAUCCCUAUAAUGGAGUCUGGUGCGAUAACUCCACCAGUGCCGUCACAAAGCUACGACUCAAGGCCUGUCUCAGCGGAACUCUAAAGCCCAACAGUAGCCUAUUCAGGUUGCAUCAUCUUCGCUACCUUGUCCUCCGUGAUAACAACUUCACCUCAUCUUCACUUCCUUUGGAAUUAGGCAAUCUCAACAGGUUAGAGAUCUUAUUUCUUCCCAAUAAUAGAUUUGUAGGCCAAGUUCCUUCCUCCCUUAAUAGCCUAAACCUUCUUUCCUAUUUAGAACUUUCCCAAAAUGAGUUCACCGGUAGUUUCCCACUUGUACGGAAUCUAACAAAGCUCUCGUUUUUAAACCUAAAGUAUAAUCAUUUCUCCGGAACUCUGAAUCCCAACAGUAAUAGCCUGUUUGAGUUGCGCCACCUCCGUUACCUUGAUCUAAGUUACAACAACUUUAGUUCAUCACUCCCUUCUGAAUUUGGAAACCUCAACAGGUUAGAGGUCUUGGAUCUUUCCUCCAAUGACUUUUUUGGGAAAGUUCCUCCCACUAUUAGUAACCUAACCUUGUUAACCGAAUUGUGGCUUGACCAAAACAGACUCACUGGUAGUUUCCCAGUUGUACAAAAUCUAACCAUGCUCUCAUUUAUAUAUAUGAAUGAUAAUCAAUUCUCUGGAACCAUUCCUUCUUCUCUCCUCACUAUGCCUUCCUUAUCAAUUCUCCAUCUGCGUCGAAACGAUUUCACCGGAUCUAUUGAAUCUCCUAACUCCUCUACCCCGUCUAGACUCGAGGAAAUGUACCUUGGGCAUAACCAUUUUGAAGGAAAAAUCAUAGAGCCUAUCUCAAACCUCAUCAACCUCAAGAUUCUUGACCUUUCUUCCCUUAACACAAGCUACCCGAUUGAUGCAAGCCUCUUCUCCUCGCUAAAAGAUUUGCUGCUCCUUGAUCUUUCCGGUAAUAGUAUAUCUCCGGCCAGUUUAGGUUCAAAGUCAGGCAUCCCAAAGAACCUGAAAACUUUGUGGUUAAACGAUUGCGGCAUCAACAAGUUCCCAGAUAUCUUAAGGAUCCUCGAGAAGUUGGAGAAUAUAGACAUUUCAGGAAAUGUAAUCAGAGGGAAAGUCCCCGAGUGGUUAUGGAAGCUUCCUCGUCUAAACACAGUGUUUCUCACAAGUAAUUCAUUUACUGGUUUCGAAGGUCCGGUGGAAGUUUUGGUAAACUCAUCGAUAGUGAAUUUAUUUAUGGAGCAAAACAGUUUUGAAGGGGAAAUUCCUAUUCUGCCAUUCUCUAUCAACGUCUUCUCUGCUUCAGACAACAGAUUUACAGGGAGAAUACCUCUUUCAAUCUGCAACUACAGGGAUCUGACACUUCUGAGGCUAUCUUACAACAACCUCACAGGUCCAAUUCCUCAAUGCUUGAGUAACUUGACGUCUGUGAAUCUUCGGAAGAACAAUUUGGAAGGAAGUAUUCCUGACACCUUUUAUAUCAGUUCUUCUCUACGUUCACUUGACUUCGGACACAAUCGACUAACCGGGAAGCUUCCAAGAUCUCUUCAAAACUGCUCAUCUCUCGAGUUUUUAGUUGUUGAUCACAACAAGUUCAAAGACAAGUUUCCCUUCUGGCUCAAGGCUUUACCGAAUUUGAAAGUCCUUAUCCUCAGUUCAAACGAGUUAUAUGGUUCUAUAUCUCCGCCUGAUCAAGGUCCUCUCGGGUUUCCAGAGCUUCAUAUAUUUGAGAUAUCUGAUAAUAAGUUUACCGGAAGCUUGCCACCAAGAUACUUUGUCAACUGGAAAGCAGCGUCACUUACGAUGAACGAAUAUGCUGGUCUGUAUAUGGUAUACACAAAAACUACUUCCGAGGGACUGUCUUAUGUCAUUCUAGAAGGUAUAGAUUUGCAAUACAAAGGUCUAUCAAUAAAGCAAGGGAGGGUCCUUAGUUCCUUUGCCACGAUUGAUUUUUCUGGGAAUAGAAUUGAAGGACAUAUUCCUGAAUCAAUUGGUCUCUUGAAAGCAUUGAUUGCACUCAACUUAUCAAACAAUGCCUUCACAGGCCGUAUUCCUCUGUCUCUCUCCAAUCUGAGCAAGCUCGAGUCACUAGACCUAUCAAGCAACCAACUCUCGGGAACUAUACCUAAUGGAAUCGGGAGCCUCUCGUUUUUGGCGUACAUAAAUGUGUCUCACAACCAACUCAAAGGUGAAAUACCACAAGGAACACAGAUUACGGGGCAAGCUAAAUCUUCAUUUGAAGGGAAUGCAGGUCUUUGUGGUCUUCCUCUCCAAGAAACUUGCUUUGGGAGUAAUGCGUCACCGACACAACAACGUGGAGAAGAAGACAAAAAAGAGGAACACGUGUUGAACUGGAAAGCUGUAGUUAUUGGGUAUGGACCCGGACUGUUGCUUGGAAUUGCAAUAGCACAAUUCAUUGCUUCAUACAAACCGGAAUGGCUCGCCAAGAUAAUUGGCCCGAACAAGCGCAGAAACUGUUAGGUUUGUUUUUCAGUUUGAGUAUGAUCCUUCAAUGUAUGUCCAGUGGUUGAUGAUUCCUCUUGUAUGAGGCGGCAUUUUCUUAUGUUUGUUUUUAUUAUCUGAUGCUUUGUUCUGUUUCAUUUUUAUGAAGUAAAAAAAUUGUGUUUUGUAGUAAUUUUCACACUGGAUUUGCUCGUCAAUCCUAGAAAUUUUAUGAUUUUUUUGGUUU